UAUUUUAUUUUUAGUUUAUGUACAUAUACCCACUUAGUCAAGCAUGAUCUGAAUCAAAACUCAGAUAUUUUGAAAUAAUUAAUCAUUAAGCUAAGUCAGAACUGUUUAGACAAACCAAGCGUUGCUCUUUCAGGAUGUUACGUGUAAGAAGUUUGUUCGGCUUCAAGAUUGUUCUUCUGUUGAUCUGUAUAGCGGCUGAUUCAGCAGCGUCCAGCGAUGCAGAUUUGGAGUAUCUAAACUCGACUUUGCGGGACAAUUUUUCAAACUCGCGCAAUCACAUCAGUAAUGCGGUCUACAAGCAACAGUCACGUGACUUCAUUAUUGCAGAAUUUAGAAGGUUUGAGUUGGAAGUCGAGUUCCAUAAUUUUACAUCAGAUGUCGUCGGAGCAGGAGAUUUCCAGAACAUCAUUGGUGUACUGCGUGGGAAAUAUUUUGGUACUAAAAAAGAUCAAAUAGUCGGCGUUGGCGCACACUAUGACACUGUGAUUGACACAAAGGGUGUUGAUGACAAUGGGUCGGGCAUAACUGCCCUGCUGUACGUAGCCAGGGAGAUAAGCAAACAAAGGAACAGAGAACAUACCAUCAUGUUCCUCGCGUUCGAUGUGGAGGAAUAUGAUCUUACUGGUAGUAAAGUAUUGCUUACCGACUGGCUCCCUGUCUGGAGUACGACUCACUGGGGAAACAAUCAGGCUGACUUUUCACCAAAGGGCUUCAUCAUUUUGGACACCAUUUUAGAAUACGAGAGUGGCCAGAUGACCCAAGACCUUCCCCCGGGAUCGACGGACAUUUUGAAGUUCAUGUUUCGGGACGUUUAUAACAGCGUGACAGCAGAUAAUUUCACGGGCGAUUUUCUAGCUUCCAUAUACAGAAGCGUUUCGGACGGACAUCUUAAUACAGCCUUCAAGGAGUCUUGGGAUAAGUUGGAGCAACGUGAAUUUGAAAUAGAAACAUUUGCACUCCCUUUUGAAGACAUAGCUUCUAUUCCUGAGUCUCAGCUAGCGUUUCUGGCCAAUUUUGGCCGAAGUGAUCACUUUAACUUCUGGCUUGCAGGAAUCCCGGCUUUGUUUCUGACCGAUACAGUCAACUUCCGUGGCAAUAUGACUGUGUGUUAUCACAAACCAUGUGACGAUCUUGAGACGAUGUUUAAACUGGAAAACCUCCAGUUCCUUGGAAAAACGUCACUUGCACUUAAAGAGACCAUCAAUGCUCUUUCACCUGUACUAAAAGACUCAAGCUCAGGCUCUGCUCAGGACAACAAAAUGUGUUGGACAGUGCUCAUCAUCUGCCUGUUUUUCGCGUUCAAAGGGUUCUACAACUUGUGUUAAAAUUGCCAGGACGUCUUAAGAAACUUGUAGUCUCUUUUCUAUUCAUUUUAGCUAUAAUAACAUUAUUUUGCUCUUCUGUAAAAACUGUUUGAUUCUGCUUAAAUUCAUGCCUUAACAUAUUUGCUAUUUACAUGUUUAUACGUUUUAUGAAGUGAAAUGAAUUGAGUUGAGCUUAGAAUAGAAAAACGUCUUAAUUGGUUCCAAUGUUCAGUAUAACACCAUAAUUUUCUAUAGUCAAUCUCAAAUAUCAUUUUCCUACGCUA